AUGAUCGUGAAAUCGCGAAAGGUUCUCGCCCUGAGUGGAUGGUUGAUCAUGCUGGCCGUGUUCAUCCCACAGUGGGUGUUGAACUUUGUCAUGCAGAAGACGCUGCAGAGCCAGGAUCCCACGCCGUCGUUAGAUAUCCACGAUCCUGGAUACGGCAAAGCAAUUGCGGCGUACUGCUUGUUCGGUGUGGCGAGUCAAGCGUCUGUCGUUUGGACAUACUGGAUCCUCGGAACGUACGAUGUCCAUGUCGACGUCCUGGCGUAUACAACCGGGAUCCUGCGGUCGGCUGAGAGUUUGGGAUUUGCGAUCGCGUUCGGCAUCGGUGCUAGUGAGAAUGUCUCGCUUAUGGCUAACCUUAUUGUUGGGUUCGUGGUGUUCUGGGUCAGCGUGCCGUUCACUACGUAUGCCUCCUGCACGGUAAAGGAACCCGGCGAGGCAGUCGGGGAGAUACGCGGUCCCGCUACGAAGGACUUGACAGGCUCUAGUGACGAUCUGCCCGGUGAUGCUUCACGUGGUCUGGACCAUGAAGCUGGGUCGCAAGCUUGAUCACCUUCCUAGUGCACUUGUAUACUAUAAUUGGAAUACUAGAAUUGCUCAAAAAUGCGUGGGACGUCUGCUGGGAUGACGGAUCUGUUCAUAGGCUUUCUUCGGUGGUCGCUGGACGACAGACCGUGAUGUGGGAUGAUAGCAAUGAAUUUAGCGGGCAGAAUACAUUGACCAGCGCAAUUGUGAUUGCACAGUUCAUCAAUUUCUCCUGAGGAUAGGAAAAGGGGCUGCAUCCACAAACGAAUCAGGCACCAUCUCGAUGAGCUUCCUA